AUGGCGAUAAAACCCUGUAGAGAUGCGAAGAGAGGUACUGCUCUAGGGUCUAUCCUUGAAGAUGAUAAUUUGGGGGAAAAUGAGAAUUUAGGACUGAAAACGGAAAUACAGAUCGGGAAAGAUAAAUCGGGGAAGAGCGAGAAAAUAUGGUCAGCUGAAAGGGGUAUUUAUAGAGAGAGAGAAGAUAACGUACGAGGCCAUUUUGAUAAAUUCGUUUUACCUCUUGACCUCUUUUUAUUCACCAAGAUAAAUUCAAGCGCCGGCGCCGGCAGGAUUAUCAGCCUCCGGCGAGAACAUAGCGGAGGAAGAAGGGCGAAAACGACGUCGGAUCAGAUUAGAAAGAGGAAUUACGAGGGCAAUUGGGAACUGAAAGAGGAUGAGAAGGAAGGUGAAGACGAAUACGAUGGGAGAGUAGAGGACGAAGAGGAAUCCCGGCGAAUAUUCCACGGCGGAUACCGCCAGUGUUUGCGGCGUGCCGCCAUAACAGAUGAGGAGAGCUCGCUGACACAGCCAUUUUCUGCUUGCAGCUUAAUCAGAUGGAAAUUUCCCAAAAAAUGGCGAAAAUAUUGGAAAAAGGUGAAAUGUGGUGUGGUCUGUUGGGCCAAAGAAUAUUUGAGCAGCCCAUAA